AUGGGACUGUUCAAAGGAUGCAGGUCACCACGUAAAGUAGCCUUGCAAGUUCACGCUGACGAUCCACAUGCGCCACCGGCUACGUCGGGCAGCACUGUCCUGCGUGAUGCGGCGGACACGUCGGUGACCAAGAAACUCGUCAACGAUAUGGAUUUGUUUGGCGAAGACAGCGACGCCAGUGACGACGACGCGGCCAUUGAACGAUACGACCGAGACGAUGUGUCCGAAGAUGACGAGGUGUACAAAUCGCGCAACGUCGACGCGUUAUUGUCCAAAAUGACACCCGAAGAAAUGUUCGUCAAGUUUGACGAAGAUCAUUCCGGCAUGAUUUCCACCGACGAGUUUCUGAAAAUGCUGCCCCAACUCGGCAUCAAAUUAAGCGAUGCCAAGGCCAUUCGCAUCUUCGACACGUGCGACAAAGAUGGCAGCGGUGAAAUCGACAUGGAAGAGUUCAAGAUGGCCAUGUUUAUGGUGGACCCGACGACGGGCAACUCGCUCGGGUUCUCGCCGUCGUCACUCCUAACCCCCAAAGACGCAUUCCACUUGUUUGAUUCGAACGGGUCGGGGCAGCUGGACGAGCUUGAAUUCGCCGACGCCCUCGAGUACUUUGGCUUUAGCGUCACGGACGCCAAGCAAGAGCGGUUGUUUCUCAAGUAUGACACAGACAAAAGCGGGUUUAUAGAGUACUCGGAAUUUCGAGCCAUGUGGCUGCAGUGCGCCAAUAUCAAGCACGAACUGGUGUCACGAGGCGUGGACGUGCCGAAAUACGCCACGCGGAAAACGCACAUGCAAAUUCUGGAGAAAGCUCUGGAUGAAGAAGAGCGGCGCGAAGAUGAAGCAAUGGACGAAGCCAAGUGGUUCCACGAGUGGCAGCUCGAAAAGAUCCGCCGACGCACGUUGGCCGCCAAGGCCGCGUUGCGCGCGCAAGAUGAACUGGCGGCGGCGUUGGAUGCCGCUGGACAAGUGUACGUCCUUGGCUCCGGGCAACAUGGACAAUUCAAUGGCGACCCAGCUGCAAGGGAUGCACUCGUGUACGAUGGCUACACGCACGUGAGCGAAAUCUGGCAGUCGCGCGUGCUGCCGACGUAUGUGCCUCCGGAUUUAAAGCUGAAGACGUCAACCAUCCAUCCUCCCUCAUCCCUUUCGUCACAUGAGCAACCACAACGACUUGUCACGCCCGACUACAUUCAGAAACGAAAGGAAAAAUUGGCCGAGGCCAAGUCCGCAGCAGCGGCUGCCGCCGCCCCUGCCGUUCCAACGGUCGAGCAAAACAAACUACCAAUGAUGAGAAGGCGGCCGGAAAACGUCACGUAUGACGAGAAUCGUGUGAGUCCCCCCAAGCUGAUCCGGGCGGCGUGGCACGCCAAGCAAACGACGGAUGACAGAGGCGGGUCGACCUCGAGGACCGAAGACGACGAGAACAAGGACGACGACGCUGAAGAGUCGGAACUGGAGCUCCUGAACCAGAAGUUCCUGGACGAUCGAGCGUUUAUUCGGAGCUUGCGCUUCAAGGACAUCCACCCGAUGACCAACACUGGCUGGUUGUGGGGGCGUCAAGUCGUGCAGGCGGCGAUAUCAGACAAUGUUGCGUACGCUGUGACGGCAUCCGGUCAAAUCUAUUGUUGGGGAGGUCAAAACAAGUGGUGGAAAGGCAUUGAAGCCGACGACGACGACGACGCAACGACAGUCGUCGACGAGAGCGAAGCCACGCGCAAGGAAGUGGAGCGCAUGCGGAUGCUCACGAGCCGAUCCGAGUUGAUUAAGAUGGCGGCGCCGAGAUUUGUGGCCGAGGCCGUGGCAGUGGAAGUCGAAGCUCAAACCAAGAAACUCGAGGACAAGCGGGUACGAGAGCUCGCAGAAGACGCGCAGUAUGAAAAGCACAAACGGGUGGUGCUGUACUACGACAAGUGGGACCCGCCACCGAGUUACUCGACCCGCAUCAUCUACAUGCACCAAGUGUUGCUACCGAAACUCGACCACAAGAACCUCCACAGCUCCAUUACUGCUCGGGGGGUUGUGUGUGAGAGGGCAACCAAGCAAGAGCUGGUCGAUCUCAUGGGCGACUUGUUACUCAUUGAAGCAGACAUGUGCACAGAGGAAGCCCAACGCGGGAUUAAGCAAAUGGACUUCUUCAUUCAAGACACGAACGAGUUGCGCGCCAAGAAGAAGACGAAAUCAUUUGAAGAGAUCCCCGAAAAGGCUAUUCUGUUGGACUCUUACCUGCCUCUGAAACGGGAGCUCGAGCGACGAGAAGCUGCAAGAAAGGCCCAAGCGAUCGAGAACAAGCUAAACGAAGCGCGAUUGAAGGAGGACACAUUCGAGGCAUGCGUGGCGCGUAAACGAGUGCAACUGGAAGACAUGUGCCCCGAAUACACCCCCCGAAGUACUUCCACAGUCAUCGACUUGAACGGCGUCACAUCCAGGGGCCCCCCGCUGCAUCCCCCUCGAGGCUCUUCCGCGGUGUGGAAAAUCGCCGCGGGGGAAUCCUACGCGUGCGCAGUGUCCCAAAACGGGUCGUUGUACUCGUGGGGCGUGGGCAUCAGCGGUCGCUUGGGCCAUGGCAAGUCCCUCGAAGGAAUCAUCAACGCGGACGCCGACCACCCCAGCCGAGUGAUGGCCCUCCAGUCGGUGUUCGUGAAAGACGUGGCGUGUGCGUUCGACCACAGCGCCGCCGUCAGUGUCGACGGACACGUGUACUCGUGGGGCUCGGCGUCCACGGGCAAAUUGGGUGUGGGGCUGUUGGAUGACUCGUAUGAGCAGUUCGCCAUGUACCCCAUGCUAGUGCCCUUCCCGAACCGCAAGCGCUUUCGACAAGUGUCGUGUGGGCGGGCGCACACGGGCGCAGUGAGCACGGACGGGGACCUGUACAUGUGGGGCUGUGCCAAUGGCGGGCGCCUGGGGCUCGGCGAGCGAGUGCAAGACAUGGUCGUGGUGCCAACGCUCGUAGUGUCGUUGGCUCGGGUAUUGGUCGCCCAGGUUUCGUGUGGGAAUUCGCAUUCUGCGUUGACCACUGAGAUUCGGGUGGACGUGGACGGCAAUGUGGAAACAAUCUCGGGGGGUGAUGUAUAUGUGUGUGGAAGCUCCGGACCGUUGAUGCACUUCACCCCCACGUGGUCGAUCGUGUCCAAGCUACGCGGCACCCCCGUGCGAGACGUGUGCUGUGGCUUCGGGCACACGGCCGCCGUGACUCUGUCGGGGGAGCUCUACACGUGGGGUCAAAACACGAACGAGUGCACGGGGCAUGCUGCCGACAGGAGAGUGAUUGAAGCGCCGGAAUUGCUGCGGGCGUUCCAUGUGGCCCCGUACAACUUGGCGGUGGGGAAGCGUGCCCGACAGAGCAGCGUGUACAACCAACAAGACGCAGACCUCGCCGUCGACGGCAAUCGCAGCGGCACCCUGCACACGUGCAUGCAUACCCAGUACGACGACCAUCCGUGGUGGGAGGUGGACUUGGGGCAAGCGUCUGUUUUGGAACGCAUCAAGGUGUGGAAUCGAACGGAUCAGCCGGUGGACACAUCCCGACGGCGCGACGAAUUCACGAGUCGUCUGUUUCCGUUUUGGAUUCUCGUGAGCGAAGUCCCUUUCGACGACUCUGUGGGCAGUGCCAGCCUCAAAGCUGGCCGCGCCCAGAGCAAUGCCAGUGCGCAAUUCGCAGACAACCACCGACUCACAGAGUGGGUCUUGCCGUCUACGGGCACGGUUGGCAGGUACAUUCGCAUCCAAGUCAAGGGAAAGCGCUAUUUGCACUUGGCUCAAGUCGACGUAUUUGGGGUGUACAACGCGUUCAACUACGUUGGCCACGUGUCGACCGUGCAAUGCGCCAAGAACGUCACUCUGGUGGUCAUGCGGCCCCUGCCGAGUGCCACGUCUACCCACGACCACUACCUCAAAGCCAUACAAGCCGACCCCGAUAACGCCACGAUCCUUCGCCAGUACGACGCGUACGCCAAGUGCUUUCAACUCUACGGACGGGGGGAAGCGCUGACGCAUGAGAAGUGCCGCCUCUGCCGCGCCAUUCGGCAGUGCGAAGUGUGUGAAUUCUACACGAGCACCCCGUCUUCGGACUUGCCACUCACGACGCUGGGGGAAAAGUUGGGCUUGGCCGAAGCCACCGACGUGAUCCUUAGUCGCGAACCCCCGCGCCUGACGUUUGACAAGCGCGCGUCCACCCCGGCGGUCGUAUCCGAGUCCAUCACGCACAAGUUCGCCAAAGUGUUCACCUUGUCGCCCAAGAAACUGGGGCUGCCGUUCAAGCUAUCACCGUCUAAGAAGGACCCUCCCCGUUCGUAA